UAAUUGAGUUCGAUCGCACAGCAAAAUGGAAGUCAAGUUGAUAAUCUUGCUUGGAUGCCUCCUCUCGGUUGGCGUCGUAUUUGGACAUCGAAAUCACGGAUCGUACGGAGGCUGGAAUCAGCACGGUGGCGGUGGCCACCACGGUCACCAUGGACAUCACCGGCAUCACCGGGGCCAUGGUUGUCCGCACGUGAACUUUGAGGUUAAGGUUCCGGAGGGGUUGGAGGUUUCGGCUAUCCAGAAGAAUCCCAACGUGACCAUGUUCGGGAUCGAGCUGUACGUGAACAGGGAACCUGCGGAAGGAAGUCAGUGCGACGUUUGCCAGAAUACUACGACGGUCACGUACGGGAAGUUCAUUAUUGAAGAUACGCAGGUUGUGAUCAAGAAUGGGGACGUUUUGUCUUAUAUCGUGCUGACCGGAGAGGGAUCGAACGUUACCCGGCAUCGUAUGAAGAAGAUGUGGGUUACUGAUUCCAUCAUCAACAAGUGCAACUGCGAAGGAUCCUCCAACAACCCAGACAUUGAUCUGCGUUUCUCGGGCAGAAGCACUCCGGUUCCAUCGAGUCCAGUUACCGAGGAUUCAACCGAUCCCGGCUUUGGAUUCGAAGAAAUCGCCAAAGCCCACCAGAACGAGUUGUUUUCCCACGAGGACACCCCGUUCGAGUGCGAUCUCGACCCGGUGACGAACCUGUGCCGUCCGGGAAGCCGCGUAGAGCGUCUCUCGGAACCGUCCAUGAACUGGCAGCGGGAGGCGCAGAUUUUGGCCGCGAUCAUCGAUCAAAUGAAGGUUGGCUGUGGCUCGAGCAGUUCUCGGACCAACCAGCUACUGUUGAAGCAGGCUCCUUUCAAAACGAGCAGCGCUGCAGACUUGAAGAACUUUGUCCAAUCGUCGCUGGCGGUUAGCGAAGAGUUGCAGGAGCUCACGAACGGUAUUCGACGAGUCAGUCCGGGUAAGGGGCGACGUGGUGAAAGCACGGUUGCGUUUGAAAUGGGAAGCUACGUGGACAAGCAGAAGGUUCUGUACCACGCGCGGCUGAACAAUAUGGCCCAGGUGGUGGACUACGAUCUGCCGUGUAGACAUUAGAAGAUGCAAUAAAAAGUUUUCGUAUAACA